AUGGCAUAGAAUGAUUCUGAAGCAACUAAACAAUCUAAUAGUCUUCUUUGUGGAUAAAAGAGAAUACUAAAAAAAUAAGGACACUGGACUGAAAUAGAACAUAAAACUUAUCUUAACUUUCUUGAAGAGAACAAAAAUCACACCAAGGGAUAAAGAUUAUUUAAGAAAAUGAGUUAAAUAGUAGGCACAAGAACUCCAAGUUAGUGUAGGUAUAAUAAAACUCUAUAAGAUCGCAUCAUCAAAAAUUCAACCCAUAAAAGACAAAGUGCCUUUCAGAAACGGGUAUAUGGAGAUCCAAAUAGUAUGCUAGAAAAUAUUUUGCCUUACAAAAAACUCUAGACCAAGAUAGCAAUUGA